AUUUUAUUCCAGUUCCGUUAAAACUAAUUCUAUUCCCAUUAUCACCAUUAAAACCAAAACAAAUUCUAUGCGGGUUUCUAUUGUUAUUUUUCAGCAGGGACAUAAAAACUAGGGACAGCAUGCAUCUUCAUUUGGUAAUUUGUUGAAUGUGUAGUGUGAAACCACCUUCACAUGGUUAGUUAUACAAAAUUUGGCGUCAUCGAAAUCAAAUAAGGAACUCAAAUAGAGAGUGAUAGGUCUAGUUCCUCCAGACCUGGGUCAGCGAGACACUUCUGCGCACGCGCGACUUUCCCGGAAGUCCCGGCAGCCUAACCAGAUGAUAGAUCAACAACCCGAAGAAACCUGGUUCAACGAUAGUGACAGAGGAAGACAGCAGGAACGCACAGUAACUGUCCCAGGAUCAGAGGCUGCAAGAAGACUCCAGAAGUAAUCAGAGGCCAGUGUUUGGUUUGCUGUUUGGUUUGGUUUGGUUUUACUGAGGCUGCCUAGGAGGACCCCCAUCCCACCCCGCAUCCCCACUACUCCUCCUCCACCAUGAGCAACCGUGGGAACGCAAGGACCAACGGGAACCUACCCCAGACCAAGAUCUGCCAGUUUAAGCUGGUGCUCCUGGGAGACAUGGCAGUGGGCAAGUCCAGCUUGGUCCUGCGUUUCGUCAAGGGCCAGUUCGAUGAGUUUCAGGAGACCACCAUUGGAGCUGCUUUCUUGGCUCAGUCAGUUUGCCUGGAUGACACCACGGUGAAGUUUGAGAUUUGGGACACAGCCGGACAGGAACGCUACCACAGCCUGGCCCCCAUGUACUACCGUGGAGCCCAAGCAGCCAUUGUAGUGUUUGAUAUUACGAAACCGGAGACGUUUGAGCGAGCGAAGGCCUGGGUGAAGGAGCUUCAGAGGCAGGCAAGUCCCAACAUCGUCAUUGCGCUGGCAGGAAACAAGUCCGACCUCGCAGACAAGAGACUGGUGGAGUACGAGGAGGCUCAGACGUACGCUGAAGACACAGGCUUGUUGUUCAUGGAGACCUCGGCCAAGACUGCUAUGAAUGUGAAUGAGUUAUUCCUGGCCAUCGCAAAGAAGAUGCCGAAAACAGAUACUCAGAACCCGACGCACGCCGCCCGACACAGGGGAGUCAACCUGCAUGACCCAGAUGCCCAAUCCAGCCGAAGCUGCUGUGGGAAUUAAACAUCUCUCUGUCCACCAUCUACAUCAACAAGGGACACCACCGGCCCCCUUCCCCCUCGUUCCCCACCCUCCACCCUUUCACCUCCAAGACUGACACGGAGAGAGAAAUAGAGAAAUAGAGAGAGAGAUUGUGUGUGUGUGUGUGUGUGUGUGUGUGUGUGUGUGUGUGUGUGUGUGUGUGUGUGUGUGUGUGUGAGAGAGAGAGUGACAGAAAAGAAAAAAGAAGAGAGGUUUGGAUCCUGCAUUGAGGUGUGGUGUUAAGUGCAGAAUUGGUGAGAACACUUGUACUGUAGAAUACGGGACUAUAUAUAUAUAUGUGUGUGUGUGUGUGUGUGUGUGUGUGUGUGUGUGUGUGUGUGUGUAUAUAUAGGCACUUAAUGGUGGAUGCCUGAUCCUGUUUAUUUUGCCAACAUUUAUUUUUGAUUACGCAAGCAGUUGGGAAUUGCAGAGCUAAGAGGAAAACAAGAAAGGGAGUAAAAACUAUCCUCUAAUGGCUUCUCAGCACUAAGAAGAACCACAGCACCUUAGUUUUGCCCCAUUCAUCAUACAACAGCAAAGCAUGUCAAUGAAAUUAGAUGGAAAUGAUCGCGAUUGGUCAUGAUCAGCCCUGGACACUUUCUCCUGCAUGUAUGUAGACGUUACCUUCUUCUACAGCUGUAAAAUAUGGACAGGAAGCGUUUUCCCUGCCCCCUUCCCUCUUCUUAUGUGCUCUCCAGUCAUCUGUUCAUAUCUGCUUUGUGAUUCCUCUUCUGUUGGAAACUACUGAUUCAAUCGUCUGUAAAGUACUAGUGUUAGUAACAUAAAUAUAUGAUUGGUAGCAAUCCUACAUGAAAACUUCAAGUAUCCGGUCUUGCUCCGAACACAGAGGUCACACAGAUCCAGUCUUCUUCUUGUACUGUUUGUCUUGAAGCAACAAAAAAAAAAAAAAACCUGCAGUCAACCGCUUUUAAUGUGGACAACAAAAAAAAUCUGACAUUGCACAGAGGAAAAUGGUGGUUGAGUUGGGGGAAAAAAGAUAGGGAAGAAAAAAAUAACAAAACAGAAGUGCCUACUCUCCGUGUUCUUUGUUUUGGACCUGCUCGGGAUGCUUUGAGUUAGCAGAUGUAUAGCAGAACCUUGAGGCCUUGACGGUUUCAAGCCAGUCUCUACUUGGGUUCUAGCUCUUAACGCACCCAAAGCACCUAACAGUGUUCUGCACAGCGUGAGUCGUUCUUUUGAGUGUGUUUAGAACCGGGACAGAGUAAAAUUUAAAAGAAAAAACCCCGACUGGAUGGAGACCCUCUGGCCUGAAGCGCUUCAAUAACCUGCAGCACAUUACUGUGUUAAAAAGAAAGAUUCUUUUUAUUGUCUUGUUUUAUGGAUGCUAUUGUUUGUUGUUGUUUUUUUUGUGUAUAAUAAUCUAGUAAUUCUAUUGAAUUUAUUUAAAAUGAGUUUUAGUCUGUAAUUUUAUGGGUUGCCAAUCCAGUUUUAUUGUCAUUUAAGGAAUGAUGAAGCGUCUACAUUGGAUUUGAAGGUAUUUGUCACGUCUCUUACAAUCCAGUCUUUUUUUGUGUGUGAUCGAUUUGAGCUCCUGUUAACACUUGUGUGAACUGGAAAGUCAAAUAAAGCUGUGCUUUCUGCGAUGAAAAGAGCGUUUCCAGUCCAUUUCUUGGUCUGCCUU